AUGGGCGCCGGCGCAGUCCUAGAACCUCUCACGGUCGUCGUCCUCCUCUUUGGGGGCGCAUGGAUCAACCGCUCUCCUGAUGUCCUCUCGGGCACAACAAGUCCUCUGUCCUCAUCCUUCUUUGAAGACGACGCCGAUGUCCCAGAACUACCGCUAGCGCAUCAAGUGGAAGGCGAGGAGGCAGUGGACGUGGAGACGCAGCGUAUCUCCAAAUCAAAGAGGUCUCUGAGCCCGUCUUUACUACCCAGUCAAGAGGAUAAAUGGCGGGAGCGAGAGAUGAAGAUACCGGCAUUCGGAUACCGGAGGGUUGUGCAGACACCGAAUACGGCUGUCUUCAGAAACAGAUUGCUCAGCCGAAUACUGCACAAGUUCCCAUUUCUGGUAGAGGCGUGGUACUGGGCACUAAUAUAUUGGGUCUACCAACUCGGUCGCGCAUUUACAGCCGUAACCAUUGUCGAAGGCACUGUCCACGUCGCUCGCCGACAUGCCCUGCAGUUGAUAGAGAUCGAACAGCAACUGCAUAUCUUUUGGGAAGCCCCCAUUCAGAAAUUCUUCAUGUCGUUCCCACGCCUUAUGACGGGGAUCAACUGGCUAUACAGCUUCAUUCACAUUCCUGGAACAAUCACGUUCCUCGUGGUGUUGUAUUACUACGCAAUCACGAGAAAUAGGUAUAUCCAGCGACGUUCGGUUCAGCACGAAGCUGGCCUAGGGCCGGCUGGCUCACCUUCUGGACCGUGGCUGUACGAAGCGCGAAGACGGACUAUGGCAGUCUGCAAUCUCCUGGCCUUUGUGGUUUUCACCCUCUGGCCGUGCAUGCCACCACGACUGUUGAGCGAUCCGGACUACGAUGGACCGCAGGCAGAGACUGCCAAAAGCUUUGGGUUCGUGGAUACUGUGCACGGCGAAGAAGGCGCGAGCUCGGUAUGGACGCAGAAUCGCUUCUGUAAUCAGUAUGCAGCAAUGCCUUCUCUGCACUUUGGCUACUCACUCCUGGUUGGACUCACGGUUAUGACGAUUCCACUUGCUCCGCGGCACUCGCAACCCUGGAAGACCAUACAGAUCCCUUUCUUCAACCACAGCCAUCCGAAUCUCUCGCCGAAGAUCCGUCUCCCGAGCACACGUCGCAUGGUCUGUCUGGCGGUCGGAUUCCUAUAUCCAUUCUCCAUCCUCACUGCAAUUGUGGCCACCGCGAACCAUUUCAUCCUGGACGCAGUCGCGGGGUCGGUGGUGUGUUGUCUUGGUUGGAAAUUCAACGACGUGCUCCUGAACCUGCUCGUUCUUGAAGAUUGGUUCCUUUGGUGUUUGAGAAUUCACAAGCCCGUUCAAGUACCGCUGGACUCGAACUGGCCGAAACAGGGACUGGCAAUCAAGGAGGGAUGGCCACCGGAAAAGACGACUAUCGUGGUUCAUGCUUCUUGA